UGCUGAGUUCUUGAUUGUAUGCAGAAAUGGAUACUUGCUGUGUGGCUAUGAAAUCCACUGUCCAUUUUGGGAGAGUGAGCACUGGUGGUUUUAACAAUGGAGAGAAGGAGUUUUUUGGGGGAGAAGAUGAGAGGGAGUUUAAACAACAAUCUCAGGAUUAAUCAGUUGUCGAAAAGUUUGAAACUUGAGAAGAAGGAGAACAAGAUCAAACCUGGGGUUGCUUACUCUGUGAUCACUACUGAAAAUGACAAAGAGACUCUGUUCGUAGAGAUGCCACGUCUUGAGAGACGCCGGGCAAAUCCCAAGGAUGUGGCUGCAGUCAUACUAGGAGGAGGUGAAGGGACCAAGUUAUUCCCACUUACAAGUAGAACUGCAACCCCUGCUGUUCCGGUUGGAGGAUGCUACAGGCUAAUAGAAAUCCCAACUAGCAACUGUAUCAACAGUGCUAUUAACAAGAUUUUUGUGCUGACACAGUACAAUGCUGCUCCCCUGAAUCGUCACAUUGCUCGAACAUAUUUUGGCAAUGGUGUGAGCUUCGGAGAUGGAUUUGUUGAGGUUUGAGACUAUACUUCUGAAAUUCUUG